UACUGCUAGAAAAAUAUUACUGCCUGUUGUUCCCAAGGGCACCAAUCACCAAUCGAUCAAGGGGAGAAGGGAGACCGAGCGGCCGAGGAAGAUGGUGCAAGUGUGGGCGGUGUCCCUGGCGGUGGCGUCGCUCGCCAUCGGCAUGCUCGGGGUGCUCGGCGUCUGGCUCUGCUAUCUCUUCGACGCCGUCGCUCGGGGCCGCGCUCCCCGGACGCCGCCGCCCACGCCCCAGACGGCGGAGGAGAAGGAGGAGGAGAACGGCGGCAAGAAUGGGCUCGCGGAGGCAGAGCUGAUGCGCCUCGGUGGGGUCACUGUGCUAGAGUCCACGGACAGAGAAGAGGAGGCGGCGGCGCUCUGUCCGAUCUGCCUCGAGCCCAUGGAGCCCGGCCGCGCCGUGCGCGUGCUCCCCGGAUGCAACCGCGCCUUCCACAAGGACUGCGUCGACAAAUGGCUUGCCAUCUCGCCCCGAUGCCCUAUCUGUAACAUCUGGGCUACGCCACCGUCUUCGCCUGCGGCCUCGCCUCUGGCGCCCAAGACCGGUUGGGAUUCUUGACGUCGGGGCGGCGGGUCAUCUCUGGCGCCUGGCGGGUGAGUUCUUGGUCCUUGACGAGUUCUUUGGUGGAUUCUGACCAUCGAUCAAGAAGCCUUCUCGAUUGAAUCUCCCCGGAUUCUUACUUCUCGAGAGCGAUUCUUGAUGAAUCCUUGGCAGUAACUUGAUCCUGUGAAGGAUUUCUUGGAUGGGAUUGCAUGUACAUCGACUCAAUCCUCGAAUUCUUACUCGAAAGCAGUAGGUUUUGUAGGUUCCAGUCACAGUUCUUGUAACAGAUCGUCGCAUUUCGACGGAUUUAGACUUCUUCAUGAGCGAAGUGAAUAAAAAAAUGAGGUUCAUAGUCUCGGAGAUACAAAUAAAGCAUAAUUUUCCUUCAGGGAUUGCAAUGUCUUUAAUGUGUCAUUGGCAGAAUGAGUGAAUGAAACUGUGAAUUUCUGCAC